AUGGCUGUGUGCCCGUUUUAUCUGCAAGGACGGUGUAGGUUCGGCAACAAUUGCCGUAACGAGCAUCCUCCGCGUGGGGGAGGUGCAUUUGGCCAGCCUACAGCGUUUGGCGGUGCAGGACUGCAGAAAUCAGCGCCAGAGCCAGAGGUUGCACUCACCAAGGACGGCAUUGCACAAGACCUCGGGUCGCAUGGCCGACCUCUGUGGAAGCUGACGAGCUAUGCUCCUGCGCGUGGGGAGCCAAACUUGAUUGCUGGACUUGAUAGGAGUCCUGAAGAGGACCGUAUGGCCGCGUAUGAGGCAUCGCGCAGCGGUAACCAAGCCGCGUAUGUGCAGCAGACGCAGCAGACGACUUCGCAGGCAGACUCUGUGUAUACGCAAAUGGCGCUGAAUCCCCAGGCUGCGUUACAACAAGCGCUGCAGAACAGGAAAAAUACGGCUCAGCACGCGACACCGGCGUUUGGGGCAAAAGGAACUAGUGCGUUUGGUGCAGCGGCGCCUAGCGCCUUUGGAGGCAAGUCGAGUGCAUUUGGCGGUGCGCCGGGGUUUGGACAGGCGACGAGCGGCUCUGCAUUUGGAGCAAGUUCAGCGCCGACUGCAUCUGCAUUUGGCGGAACUUCAGCACCGACUGCACCUGCAUUUGGAGCAAGUUCUGCACCGACUACAUCUGCAUUUGGCGGAACUUCAGCGCCGACUGCAUCUGCAUUUGGAGCAGGUUCUGCACCGACUACAUCUGCAUUUGGCGGAACUUCAGCACCGACUGCACCUGCAUUUGGAACAAGUUUAGCACCGACUGCAUCUGCUUUUAGCACGAAGCCUUCCGGCACGGCACCUGCAUUUGGCGCCCCGUCUGUAUUUGGCGCCACAUCUGCAUUUGGCGCCCCAUCUGCUCUUGGAGCCCAGGCAAACAUGACCUCUGCAUUUGGCGCCAAGGCCGGCACUUCUGCAUUUGAACAGCCCGCAGCUGCACCAGCUCGAGCUUCUUCAGUCUUUGGACAGCCAGCGUCUGCGCCGACACAAUCUUCAGCCUUUGGACAGCCAGCACAAGCUCCUUCCGCUUUUGGUCAGAUUGCCCCUUCUGUCUUUGGCCAGCCGGUGCCUCCCACAACCCAAACUUCCGCGUUUGGUCAUGCUGCACCUGCACCUGCACCGGCAUCCUCUCAACCAUCCAAGCCCCCAACCGAGCUAUUUGCACGGGCAGACGAGACAAUUUUACCGGAAGAUAUACAUUUACUUGGGGCGCCGUACCACAAAUAG